CCUUGGCACCACGGAGGGCCCCCACACCGGGCACUGCCCCGGCUCAUCCCUCCCGCUGUGCCGGGGUCUCCACGCCCCCGGCACGCAGCCCUGAGGGUGCGAAGGGAACCGGGGAGAGGCUGGAGAAGCGGGGAGCCCGGGCUGCGCAGCCCCCUCGCCUCUCUUGCGUUUCUCAACACAACGGUUGCGUUGGGCAAACACUGACAAACUGCCACAGGAAGCCCCGGGCCAGCUGCGACCACGGCACCGUUGGGAAACGUGCCCGCUGCCGGGGCCAGAGCUCCGCGCUCGGCCCAGAUGCAAGCCCAGCUCUGCAGUGAGGGUCACAUCGGUCAUGGGGCCCCUGUCCCCCCACCCUGGUACAACAACACCCCGCUACACCCUGCAGCCCUCCUUGCACCCUGGAGGGUGCAGAUCAGGGAGACCAAACUGCCCCUCCACCUGCAGCGCCACCCCAGAGCCAGGGGUCUCUGGAGGGGCCAUAGGACACAUCAGGUCUGUCCCUGCUCCAGUCCCAGGGACACUGCCACAUCCUGGGAGGUGUCCUGGGAUGUGGGGGGGCCCUGCUGCUCCUGCAUGUCUGCCAAGAGCUGAGAGGUUUCCUCCUGAUUAGCUCAAAGCACAAGAGUCAGGGCUGGGUUGGGAAGUCACUCUGCUUUCUCUCUUCCCUCCCUAACCCGCUCUCCCCCAGCAAGGAGCUGCACCGCUACGGAGGAAGCUGCAACGCUGCAUGUGCCCCCAGUGCAGAUUGCACAGCCAGUGCCCCCCACCCCACAGCAUUGCCCAAGGCAGCAACAUGCAGAGAGGAGGAAGCAGAGGGAGAUAACCCGCCAGCAUCCUGGCAGAGGCUCAGCCCCCCAUUAUUUAAGCACCUCCAGCUCUGAGCAGCCCCAGAGGAGGUGGCUGUGGUGGCUCUGCACCAGCAUGGUCAUGGCUGGGCUGUUCAUCCUCAGCCUGGGAGGCUCCGUGCUGCUCCCAGCAGGCACCCAAGGGAGCCGGAUCAUCGGGGGAAAGGUGGUGACACCCCACUCCCGGCCCUUCAUCGCCUCCAUCCAGAUGGACGGUCAGCACGUCUGCGGGGGCUUCCUGGUCUGGCCCAAGUGGGUGAUGACAGCAGCCCACUGCCUCAUUCCCAGGCGCAAUCCCUCGGUGCGCGUGGUGCUGGGCGCCCACAGGCUGGAGGAGCCCGAGGGGUCCCAGCAGAUCUUCGGCAUAGCCCAGUCCAUCGCCCACCCGCACUACAACCCCCGCUCGGUGGACAACGACAUCCGCCUGCUCCAGCUGAACAGAUCAGCCACACUGAACGAGUACGUGAAGCGGAUCCGUCUGCCCCCCCCACACGUUGACCUGAAGCCCGGCACAGUCUGCCAUGUGCUGGGCUGGGGGGACAUCUCCAACUACGGCGACCGGCCCACUGAGCUGAUGGAGACCGGCACCACCAUCGUCAAGCGAAGCCUCUGCCGCACACUGUGGCGGGGCAAGGUCUCGACCAACAUGCUGUGUGGGGCCAGCCCCAAUGCCACGCUGCAGGGCGUCUGUGCGGGCGACUCUGGGGGACCUCUGGUCUUCAAGGGAAAGGUUUAUGGCAUCGUCUCGUUCUCUGGAGAGAGAUGUGGGGACCGCCGGUACCCUGAUAUCUACACCAAGAUCUCCAACUACAUCGAGUGGGUGCAUCGCACCGUGCGAGGGCACCGCCAUCAGAAGGGGCAGCCGGAGCCCUAGCCAGGGCUGGGAGGGGGUCCCCGGGGGCAGAUGAGCUGCGGGAAAAGGGUCUGGGGUAUCUUGGCUGUCUGGCAGCACCCAGGAGGGGAGAAGAGGGUCAGACUCCCAGGUCCUGCUAGCUCCAAGGGGUUUGGGAGCUGAUGCUCAGGACUCCUUGACCUGUGCAAGAAGCCUGAGCACCUCACAUCUACCUUCCUCAAUAAAUCCUCGGUCCCAGA